GGCAUGUUGAGUCUUUGCGGUACUCCCGCCAAUUCUGACUGACAAGAAGCGCCGAGUAGAAACAGUAGAAAGGGACUUGUGAAGAGUUGCAAUACAUUCUGCAUUUUACACUGUAAAAAGUAUUUCGACGUGUAAACAUAGGUAACUAAUGUUUGCGUCAUUAUUGCCAUCAGCAAUAUAUGGUAACGUUAGAGAACAACAUUUACCGGAGUGAGGAACAAUUGACAAUACAGUCAAAUCCUUCACAGAACUCGAUUAGUUAGCUUACAUUGGCUAACACCCUUCCAGCAAGGUACGUUUUGGAUGGUUGUGAUGCUGGCGGCAGAAGACCCAUCUGCGGACGGGCCUUUGGCCUCUACUCCCGAAAAAAGUAGCGGUAUGGAUUGUGGUGACAAAAGUAAUUCUGCCAAGAGACUUAUCCAAGCCCGUCUUCCUUUCAAACGGCUCAAUCCUGAACUGAAAGGGAACUUGGGAACAAAGAGAGCAAGAGGUCCCCCCACCUCAUACCUUGGAAGUGGAGUUUCUGAUGGAGAGAAUGAUACAAAUGACACUUCUCCUCCACAGUGUCUUCGACCAGCCAUCGUUAAUGGACGUGGGCCAUUAGAUGGGUUUGUAAUUAAAAAAAGGCAACCGCUUUUUUCUCCCUGUGUACCUGUGGCAGUAGUUGACCUAACAGAAGAUUCCAAUUCCUCUGACACUGUCAAGCAGAAAUCAGAGGCUGUACCAGCACCCUCUUCUGCUCCCACAGAUGACUGCAUAUUUUUAAGUGAUCAGAAUUCUUCACAUACCAUCAAUUCCAACACUUCUGUGCCUGUCACGGAGGAACAGGGUGAUGGCCAAGUAGAAGAAAAUGACCACAUGAAGAAUACUGAAAUGGAGGACAAUAUGCAAGGAGAUUUUGAAAAUGAAUUGAGACAUGAGAAUGGUUUGCGGUUAUCAGCUGCCUCUUCUAGUUCUCUAUCAACUGUGGAGAGCUCACCAGAUUCUCACAAGACUGGUCAUUGCCUGCCAUCAUCUUCGAUCACAGAACCUGAUGGGGAUUCAGAGAUGAAAAAGGUGAAAAGAAGCUCUCCUAAGAACCUAAAGCAGAGGGAGGAACGGGAACUACAGCGUGCUGAGAGAGAGAAACAGCGGAUGGAAGCCAAAGCUGCAAAUGAGAAAAAGAAGCUAGAGGCUCGUAGACUGAAGGAAGAGAAGGAGAGAGAGAGGAGGGAGAGGAAAGAAAAAGAAGAGAGGGAAAAGCGAGAAAAAAAGGAAAAAGAUGAGAAGGAAAAGGCAGAAAAGUUAAGAGCAAAGGAAGAACAACGCAAGUCUAAGCAAGAGGCAAAAGAAGAAGAAAAAAGAAAGAAGGUGGAGGAGAAACGGAUGAAGGAGGAAAAGGAUAGGAUUAAAGCAGAGAAAGCAGAGAUCACACGCUUCUUGCAGAAGCCCAAGACUCAGCUUGCCCCAAAGACGCUUGCCUCCGCUUGCGGCAAAUUUGCCCCAUUCGAGAUCAAAGAAAACAUGUGUUUGGCGCCAGUGUGUCGGGUGCAGUGCGAGAAUGCAGUUUUAGAGCAACUAGACCAAUACCUGGCUAAGCCAGACAGGAGCAUCACUUGGUUGAAGGAAUUGACGUGGCGGAAGCCACGUUGCUGUGGUCCAACGGAACCUAAACACCAAGAUCCAGAAAGCAACAGUCUGGUAGUGAUGAAGGGACCACAGCCUGACCAGCAGCAUCGGGGUCGGAUGAAACUCCUGCAGUUCCAUGAGAAUUACAGGCCUGCUUACUGGGGUACCUGGAGUAAAAAGAGCACAUGUAUUUCUGCACGCUGCCCCUUACUGCAAGACAAGGAGCUUUUUGACUAUGAUGUAGACAGCGAUGAGGAGUGGGAGGAAGAAGAGCCUGGAGAGUCUUUAUCACACAGUGAGGGAGAUGAUGAUGAGGAUGGAGAUGAUGACGACGAUGAUGAUGGUUUUUUUGUACCACAUGGAUACCUGUCAGAUGGGGAAGGGGCACGGGAGGAGGAGGAGGGGGGUGACCCUGAGAAGCAGACGUUGCAUCAAAAGCUGAAGGCUCGUGAGUGGGAUGAGCUGCUUUCUAAGAAGAGGGUGAAGGUGCUAGAGGCUGUUAUUAAUGGCUGCUUAUGGGAAGGAGAGAUUGAAUUUUCUCAUGCUCAGCUGGAAGUGCUGCAGGCCCAUGCUAUCUCUGUUCUGGAGCCCCUCCCCAAAGAUGAGCCCACCUCACCCGAGACUUCAACGGGAGAGCAGCGUAAUGAAUUGCUUCACCAGCUUCUACCAUUGCUACAUGGAAAUGUGAACAGCAGUAAAGUAAUCAUCUCAGAGUUCCAGGAGUUUUGUCGUCAGCAGGCAGUUUCUCUUGUGAGCAGCCCCCAGGGUUUUGCAGACAGCAUUCCUACCAGAGUGGGUCUGAAGCGUCUGAUUAAGGAGAGUGCUGUGUAUGAGAAACGAUCUUGCUUUAGGCGCUGCUGUUGGUAUGUCCAUGCAGACAUCUUGGCACGUUUCAGUCUUGAGUCGUUACCUGUGCCCUGUCAGUGGAACUACCUCACACCUGGUGUUCAGCAAUGUCGUGAGGAUUCCCUGAUACCAAUGAAUUCACAGGGCAACUCACCAACUACCCCACAGCCUACUACCGCUCUUUCUAUCAAGAGGAAAACUGCUGGCAGUAUGUCGAUCACAAAGUUCAUGAAGAAGUGUGUAGACCAGGAACAAGCAGAAGUUAUGGAGACAGAUGGUUUUCAGGCAGAUACAGAGGAUGAGGAGGAAGACUGUGUCUACAUCAAUACUGAAUCUGGAUUCCUGACACAGAAUGGCAGCUCAAGCUCACCUAAGCCAGACAAACUGGAACAAGUGGAAGUCAACACUUCUACUGCUGUUCUAUUACCUUGCCCAUGAGGCUACAAACAAGUAGGACCACAGUAAGACUGGUGCAGGUCUAUGUAGGGUAUUCAUAAUAUUGAAAGAAUUUGGGUAUAAUUGAUGAAGUUGUUUAUGGUGAAAAUACAUCAGUAUAAACAAUCAGCAGGGCUUAAGCUGUUGUCCGAGAAGCAUAAUGUUAGCUUGCAGGUGGGGUCUGUAAUAUUAAGCAGUAGACUUUUCAACACCAGAUGUUUGCCUUGUUUUAACAUGGACAUGUCUAUGCAUGUUGGUGUGUGUAAUUAAACAUAACUACUAUACUUUAACUGAGAA